AGAGUUGUGGUUGUGGAAGACAUCAAAAGAUGGAAGUGCAUCCUUGAGCUUCCUGGGCAACAGAAAGAAAAUCUGAUGGAAGCUUUGGGGGAGCUGAAGAAGAAAAUACCUUCCAAGGAGGUGUUGCUUUCAACUAAAAUAGGUCACACAGUGAAUAAGAUGCGCAAACACUCCGAUCCCGAUGUGGCCGUCCUUGCCAAGGAGAUUUACACAGAGUGGAGAACCUUCAUCAGAGACCACUCCAACAGGCCCUCAAUCGAGGUCAGGAGCGAUCCCAAGUCCGAGGCCUUCAGGAAGAACGCACGGAAGCUGCUCUGUGAAGCCCUGGAUGUAGAGAUUGAUCACCCACUGGCUGAAAAUAUUGAGCGAGAAGCUUUUCAUCUCUCUUCCCGCCUCAUUAGCGCUCCGUAUCGCAGGACGCUGCGAGCUCUUGUCUUCUCAUUAAAACACAAACCUGAGAUCCGAGCAGAAGUCAAGGCUGGCACACUCAGUGUCCCUGCCUUUGUACAAGGCCAUAAAAAGUGA